AGUGUGUGCUAGAACGUUAAAGUGACUACUACUCCCGUGCAAGGACUUAUUGUUUAACCAUGAAUUCACGGUGUUUAUUAGUGCUAGCGGCCGCCCUCGGCGUGGCCAUGGCCCAAGAAUCCUUCAAAUGCCCUGAUGACUUCGGCUUCUACCCUCACCACAUCUCUUGUGACAAAUACUGGAAAUGUGACAAUGGAGUCGCUGAACUGAAAACCUGCGGUAACGGACUCGCCUUUGACGCAUCAGACUCGAAAUAUUUGACUGAAAACUGUGACUACCUUCACAAUGUCGAAUGUGGCGAAAGAACUCAGCUUGAGCCCCCAAUUUCAACCCCCCACUGUGCAAGACUUUACGGUAUCUUCGCUGACGAACAGAAAUGCGACGUCUUCUGGAACUGCUGGAACGGUGAAGCUUCCCGCUAUCAGUGCAGUCCUGGACUCGCUUACGACAGAGAAGCCCGCGUGUGUAUGUGGGCUGAUCAAGUCCCUGAGUGCAGGAACGAAGAAGUAGCAAACGGUUUCGCUUGCGCCAACCCUGGUGAGGUUGCAAACGCUGGUUCAUUCAGUCGUCAUGCCCACCCCGAAGAUUGCCGUAAAUACUAUAUCUGUCUCGAGGGAGUAGCUCGUGAAUACGGUUGCCCAAUCGGUACUGUUUUCAAAAUUGGUGAUGCUGACGGUACUGGUAACUGCGAAGACCCCGAAGACGUUCCCGGAUGCGAGGACUACUAUGGCGAUUUGGAUUUGAAGUCAAUCCGCAAGAGCGAACUGCUCGCUGGACUCCAGAGCAGCGGAGCACACGCCGCCCAGCCCAAGCUCAAACCUCGUCCCCAAAAAGAUAACUAAAUACUCAUCUUCCCACCCCUAAACUUUUAAUACUCACAAAUCAAAGUCUUACGCAUCACAAGCAACUAUAAUCUAAAAAAGUUUUCAUAAUUAAGUUAAUAACAUGUCGCUUUUGAUGUGAUAGACUUUAUUACAGGUUCAAAUUCGUUUUUUAAGUGAGUGAAGCCAAUUUGAUUUGUAUCAUUUCUAGUUGCCAAAUAAUUAUCUCGUUGUAGCCUUUAUAAACAGUUUCGGGAGGCAGAUUAGCAAGUUUGUAGUAAACAUACUGCGGAAGCUAUAUUUAUUUUAUAUUAUAUGUAUGUAGAUUUGACAGCGUCCUGUUAGGUGGUACUGAGAUCGAAAUUUGCAUGUCAUAAUUUUUUUUGUGUACUUGAAUUGUAAUCGAUUAAAAAUAACUUGUUUUGAAAAAGGGUUUGCAUUUAUGAGUUUAAUAUAUGAAACGAUGUAACAGGACAUAUAACUCCUUUUCAACAUUCCGAUUGUAUCAGCCACGACCUUGUAAAUAGCUUAUGUACUGCAUUACUUUGCCACGACUGAGUGUUGUUAUUUGAUAUAGAAACUGUAAUACUUAAGAUUUAUGUUUAGUGAUAAAAAUAAACAAAACAUAAUAAAAAAUUAAA